GUUGUUGCAUGACACAACGCAGUCGGGAAUGACGUUCAACGUCGCCAGGUCCUAUAAUAUCGUCAACGUUACGUCACUCAGGUCACGUGACUUGAGAUCACAGCUGAAGCAGUUUUAUCUGGCUGAGACGUCUCCGCACGACUUUGUGCUCUUUUGUAGCGAGGAGUGCAUCGAUGCUGUCAUUCACGAGGCAAAUGUUCUCGACUUUUACACCGACCGCUACACCUACAUGCGACAUCAUUCACGAUGGCUCGUGGUGGGGUCACGUGACACAAAAGAGCGUCUGCUGAAUUUGGGCGAGGCUCUUGACAACGUCGCAGUCUUGUCGGAUCCCAAAUGUAGUGAGGACGCGGACGUCGGUGUUGAGGCUAACCACUCGUCAGAGUCCACUGGAGGAAGAGCCUGCCUGGAGUUAUCGACCCUGCUGAGGAGACCCGAGGGGCGUGUGUGGAGCACCGUGUGUUACCUUGACCCCAAGACCAGCCAUGUUGUCAAGGGCACCGUUUUCCCGAACGUCAUGUAUGGCUACAACCAGCGCCAGUUUGUUGUCACCACAAAAGCCUGGCUUGGCUUCCUUCGGAAACAUACUGACGGCAAUGAACCAACCUAUGACGGUUUCUGCAUCGAAGUUCUCAAUGAACUGGCGAAUCUUCUCAACUUUACGUAUGCUCUGAUAGAGCCAGGCGACAACGAAUGGGGUUCUAAGGACGUGAAAGGAUGGAGUGGUAUUGUUGGACAACUCCAACGAAGGGAAGUCGACUUUGCAAUGGCGUCUCUUAGCCGGAACUCUGCUCGGGACGCCGUGGUAGACUUCGUGGAGACCCCGUUCUUCAGGGACUACAAGGAUAUCAUGUACCGGAAGUUGAACACCACAAAGAGCUGGCGCCUGUUAUUGGACAUCUUCCGACCCUCUGUGCUGCUGUGUAUCGGAGUGGCUCUGUUGGUGUACACAUCUCUGUAUCUCCUGCUGCAGUUCGGCCCCAGGGAACGCCGGGAGAAGAGGACUUGUCUCAACAUUGCCAAUGUCAGUUGCUAUAUAUACGGGGCGCUCUUCAGUCAAGGAGGAGAGCACCUGCCUGUCUCAGCAUCCGGGCGAUUUCUGGUUGCCUCGUGGUGGGUCUUCUCUAUUGUGAUGUCGGCCACCUACAGCGCCAAGCUGAUCGCCAACCUAGCUGUUCCCAGGGUAAACAAGCCGUUCACUUCCACCAAGGAGCUUCUGGAGAACCCAGAUUACACAUGGGGCGUGGUCGGGAAAAGUUCCACCUACUCUUUACUUUCGAUAUCGAAGGAUUCCGACAUCCAGGAACUUUGGAAGAAGAUGGUUAUGUUCAACAAGACCGACCCGUCAGUGUUCAGCCGCAGCGUGACCGACCACAUUGAGAAAGUCCUGAACGAGCCGUACGCCUACAUCAUGGGUCAUGACAAGCUGGGGAACGGAUCGGACUGUGAAGUGUCCUACCUGCGGGAGAAGUUGUUUGAAUACAGCAAGGGGAUGGCCUUGCCCAAACACUCGCCUCUCAAGGACGACUUUGACAGAGAAAUGAUCCACUUAUCCGAGACAGGAUUCCUCAAUCGUCUGGCCAAGAAGUGGAUCAUCUCCAGCACGACAUGCCUGGAUGGAAAGUCGUCGGCUACCGUGGUGACGCUGGAGGACAUGCAUAGUGCCUUCUACCUGCUGCUGGCGGGAUUCGGAGCCAGCAGCUGCAUCCUCAUCUUUGAACUCUUGCAUCGCACUAUGCUGUCUUACCAAUUCGAAAAAUAAAGCGAUGCAUUUGUACAUUGGUACUCACUGUUAUCCUUAAUUAUGUUACUGAUUCACUAAUUAUAAUUAUGGCAAAGUCUUGUAAUGGCAUUCCACCGUUUCAGUAGACGUUCCUGACAUUGUUUUGUAACACUAACUGUUUGUCAGGAAUGUACUAUUUCUAAUGGUAAGCAGAUGUAUGGCGGUUACAAUAUUUUGGUGCAAUGUUUUCAGUCAAGUGUAAACAUGAAUUUUCUCGAAAAGUGGUAUGUACAAUUCUAAAGGUAUUUUGACUGUAUAAGAGGGAAUGUCAUACCUCUGUUAUCUCAGACUACAGCAAGAUCAUCGUUGUGUGAAGAUCAUAUUUCAUCCUGACAUCCAGCCUUGUUAGGUCUACUUUGGAAGCUUUAUCACUGCUGCAUCUAGGUGAAUAUCAUUACUGUUAUUGCCAUUACUACUGCUAUUAUAGUAUAUACUGCCAUUACUACUGCUAUUAUAGUAUAUACUGCCAUUACUACUGCUAUUAUAGUAUAUACUGCCAUUACUACUGCUAUUAUAGUAUAUACUGCCAUUACUACUGCUAUUAUAG